AUGGACACCACUGAAGAACAACAAGAUAUCUCAUUGGCCCUGGCCAUCACGGAUUCAAUUCAUCAGUCGAUCCAUGCGCUAUCGCAAACGCAGUCCGAGCCUUCCAAGCGGUCCUUUAGGACAGCAAGGUUGACCCGAGGGCUUCCACCCCGGGUGACCCGCAAGACCACGAGGGUAGCCGAGGCGACGAAGAAAGCGUGCCUGGAACGACAGGAGGGGGAUAGGGAGGCAAUAUUUGAUGAGGAACGGAGGAAGGAACAUGAUCAACUACCUAUUACCAUCGACGACUCGUCCAGCAUCAACGAUCAAGACACCGACUAUCGGCCAUUCUCAGCACUUACCGAGGCAGACGCCAACGCAUCGAAAAAUAGAGAGGCCCAUACGGCCGCAGGGAAGGAAAACGCCUCACCAAUCUUCUCUAGCACGGCCAAAUCCACCAAGUCUGCACCGGCAGGCCGCAGUCGGCCUAAGAAGCGCAAGCACGGCACAGACAUCCCAGUCGGCGAAGGCACCGUGUCGACAAGCUUCAGCAAUCGAUCUUCACUAAAGGAGAAGAGUAAAAAGGCAAAGAAACCUCGAUCAACCAAGAAACAGCCACCCCGUUCAUCUCGCAAUGAAUAA